CAUGCUUUGGUAUGGGACAGGCACGUUACAAGAAGGCUGUGUGUAAUGUGUUCGUAGUUUCUCACACGUGUUAUUGUUUAUCAGAUCAACAGAUCACAAACCUGUCCGUUAAAAUUUCUUUGUCGCUGACAACCUAAACAAACAGCAUUAUCCGGAGUUGGCAUCGAAAACGUCCUAUAUGGAAACUAACAAGUUUCAUUUUGAUUUGGUCAUGUGAUCGACACGAGUAAGUUUUGUAGACAUUUGCCAGUUGCUGAAUCCCUUAUCAAGUACAUGUUGUAACAAUGCACGGUGUUUGUGUAUGAUCCCGUAGCAUAAUAAUACCAGCAGCCUGGGAUCGACUGCUCCGUUCGCACGCCAUGGGUCAAUAAUAAUGUCGGCCUACCUACCUAGCCAGUGGAUACCGAGUGUUUGAUGAGGUGACAGUGACAAACCGUUAUCUAUAAAUAAUCAUCGAAUCGCAAGGUAGCCUAACUUUAUCAAUAUACAAUCACCAACCUCCUACCUAUAUCAACCAUGACUUCAUGUUCUGACGGGUUCAAUCAGUUCAAGAUUCACCACAUUGCACAGCAGUCCAAGCUCCUGUUAGGCGAGUCUUCUACUCUUGAUGAACUGUUUCUGUGUAGAAAACUUAACCUGGAGGGGAUUCAAACCAAUGCGUACCAACCACUACACAAUGAAUGUAGUUCAGCCUCAAACAGGGAUGAAGCAACUGCAUUUAUAUGCAAUGAGGAGACGAAAGAAUUCCAACCUAGUAGUGCAGAGACUGAUAUAUUCCGAACUGGUCCAAGUUGUUACCAAGUUUCAAUUUCUUCAGUAUUUGUAAUAUCAGCGAUAUGUUUACUUGUUGUAGCAUGUCGUCAUUACAUCAGAAGUUUACUUCUGUGGUUAGAAGAAACAGAACCUGCAAUAAGUUGCACAAUAUUUCUGGUGCUAUUUACAGCGGUGUCAUUUCCUAUGGCAUGGGGGUACAUGUUACUAAUGGUGGCCGCUGGCUAUCUGUAUGGGAUAUUAUAUGGACCUCUAGUUGUAGUGACUUGUGGGGGUAUAGGCAUUCUUGUUGCACAUCUAGUUAUGAAAAAUUGUUGUAAGAAUUGUAUAAUGAAAAGAUUCUACAAUGAUAAAAUGGAGGCUGUGAUACGAGUGGUGGAAAGUGGCCAAGGAUUUAGGGUGGUUGCUCUCUCCAGACUUACGCCCAUUCCUUUUGGACUUCAGAAUGGUUUAUUUGCAUUGACGGAUAUACAUUUGUUGACAUAUGUAGCUUCGUCCAUCUUGGGUUUGGUGCCUACAUCUAUUUUAAACUGUUACAUGGGGACAACGGUGCGGUCCAUGGAAGAUGUACUGUCGGACGACUCCAAUAAAACCACUGGCUACAUUAUAUUUAUUAUUCAGAUUUUGAUUACGUUCCUGUUGUUGUGGUUCGUGGUAAGGAAGGGGAGGAUGGAGUUGAAGAGAGCUGUGGAAGGAGAACAGAAGCCAGAAGUGAUUCCUCUGACAGAGAUAAAGGAAGACAGUUGAUACUGUAGAGGUUAAGGGAGAAAUCUGUGUAUUGUCCUGUUUCUACAACACUUAACAUUCAGACCUGCUCACUCUCUCUUUUUUCACUGCCUACAUGUCACAUAUUCUUUUUUAGACCUUGUGUAAUUCAUUUAAAUAGAUCAUAAGUUUAAACAGGUCAUAGUGAAUUUGUUAAGAUAAAAUUUUACACAAAAUUAAGUAAAACAAAUGUUAUCUAAGAUAAAUAUUCAAUCCUGGUGAAAACAUCUUCCUUAUCUAUGUACUGGUGUAGGUGUAAAUUACCUACCUGUUUACUUAAGAUCACCUGAGUGAAGCUUGAUGAUGAUUUGAGACACACCUUUCUACUCCAUCCAUAAAAAAUUUACUGUUUCAACUUUUCAAACUUGAUAAGAAUUCCUUUGGUAAGAUGACAUGAAAAUAGAGACCCUAGAAAAGAAAAGAAAAAUGCAUGAAAUUGUUAUUGAAGCAUGAAGAAAAAAAUUUAAUUUAAUUCUAAUUCUAUGAGUAAUUCAUAAAAAUUGUGAGUCGCUAUACCUCUGAAGAUUUCAUGAUUUGAACCUGGAUUUAAAAGCCUAAUAAAUCUGUUAAUAGAGAAAUCAACUCAAAAACAUAAUUUCUCAAUACUUUGUUUGAAUCAUUUAAAAUGCAUUUUCCUCGCUGACUUGAUAGGUCUUCAUUUUCUAAGCAAUAAAAAUAACUAUAUUAAAAUUCAGGUGACUGUCCAGACCCUUAGGACCUCAUGUAUAACCAAGCAUACUUAAUUAGAUUUAUUAGCAGUGCACAUCUCUAUUGUACACUCCAUUAGAUGUGAUUACAUGCAACUGUAUUCUGUUUUAUACAGAUAUUAAUUACCAGGAUAUGAAUAUUUUAUGUGAAAGAGCUUUAAACAGUUUUGUGAUGAGUGUUUUUAAUGAAGAAUAUAAACAGGAUAUCUAAUGUGUUAAUGCUGUUUUUUGAGAUAAGAAUGUACAACAAUUCUCUUGUCAGUAUUCAUUGUUGUGUCAAUUAAUGUUGAAACAGAAAAAGUCUUUAAAAGCGAUUUAUCUUGUCAGUAAUUACCAGGUAUAUUAAUUUCCUAAUAACAGAAAGUUUAUAUCAUAGUGAUUCAGUUACACCUUUGUCAACUGAACCAUACACUGAGUAAUUACAAAGUUUAAAAUGCUGCUGAUCAAUAUUGAAAGCAAGAAACUUAUGUCUUCUCCAAGAUGUAUAUAUGCAAUUAUGCCAAUAUUGGGGUUUAUUCAUUAAGAAAACAUAAAUUGUGUUUAAUCUUGAUAUUGCUGUUACUCAAAUAUAAACUUUAUUUAACAACAAUUACAAAAAAUGUUACGGUAUAUCAACUUACAUUAUUUUAUUAAUGAUCACUCUUGUUGGUCUGGAUGGAAGUCUGUGAGAGGUCUUUUUGUGGGUGGAAACCUGAUAGUGCCCGGAGAAAACCCACGUAGUUUGACAGGUGACCAACAUAUACCUUUCACGUCCAAAUGGGGAAGUUAAUUGGUGUUGAUUAUUGCUUGAAAAUAAUUUUGAUAUUAAUGGUGUUUAUUCAAUAUAAUGGGGUUAAUUGAUAAUGACAUGAUGUUGGGGAGAUUUAUUUGUGACAAUUUUGAUGGUGUGUAAAAAAUUAUGUAUCUAUUUGGGUUAGUUAAUUAUGAAAUAAUGACAUUUUAUGGAGGUAUCUUAAAUUACAAAAUGUUGUCAUAGUGAUAGAUAAGGAUAAUGACUAUGUUGGGAUUGUUGGGUUGUAAAAUAAGACUUGUAUAGUUAGUCUAUUAGUUUUGAUCCAUAGUGACUUUAUUUUGUGGAAGUGAUUAAUUUUGCAAUGUAUAGUUAAACAUCAUUAUGAAAAGGGAGAUAACUUUGACAUAAUGCUGGAGAUAUGGAGUAAUAUUUUUGAGAAAGUUAGCAUUCAUGAUACAGGAUUUGUUAUUUGUUGUUGGUUUUAGAUAAACUUCAUUAAAUGUGUAAACUUGUCCUUUUAGUUGAUUUAAUACCAUUGCUUUUUUCUUUGCUGCACUACCUGUAAGGUUAAUUAUUUAUCCUGCUACCUACAAUCAGUUCUGUAUAUUGUAUAUAUUUUAUUAUACCCCCCGCAACGAAGUUAGGGGGCUAUACUGGAAUUACCUUGUCCGUUCGUCUGUCCGACCGUCCGUCUGUCACAAAAUUUGUCUGGCUAUGCAUUUGCUCAUUUCUUUGGAUUUCACUCAAAUUUGGUAUAUAGUUAGAAGACCAUAUGAACUUGUGUCCCCUGCAGUGAUUUUGCGAUUUAGCCCUUUUUAAGAGAGUUAUACCCCUUUAUGUAAAAAAUGGUUACUAGCUUGUCUGGCUAUGCAUUUGCUUUGUUUUCAAUGGAUUUUACUUAAAUUUGGUAUGUAUAGUUAGAGGACCCUAUGAGGCUUAGCUCUAUGCAAAAAUUUUGCCGAAUUACCAGUUCUAAUAGAGUUAUGCCCCUUUUUCUUUAAAAACGAGCAAAAUUUUGUUCGGCUAUGCAUUCACUUAGUUUUUGAUGGAUUUUCUUGAAACUUUUUACAGAGUUGAA